AUGGAAGAGAUUCAAUCGGAUGAGGAUGCAACACAACAUUACGGGGAAGUUUUUAUUAUUGAAAAAGAUUUCGGCCAGAAGGUCAAUCAGGAUGUCGAAAGCCGACAUGGCUUUGCGGCGCAGGCGAGCCGGCGGAAAUUAAUGGCACAAGCUCGCAACUGGCUCCUUAGCGCAGCUCUUCGGCCUUAUCAUUCUUGGGUCUAUUGGCGUGACGUGGAUGUACAAACAGCGCCGUUCACAAUAUUGGAGGAUCUGAUGAGACACAACAAGGACGUAAUUGUGCCAAAUGUUUGGCGGCCGCUCCCUGAUUGGCUUGGGGAGAACAACCAUACGAUUUGA